UAAAUUCAGUUGUUUUCAAAUCGUGUUUGUUUAAACUUCAUUUAGCGGUUAAAACGCAAAAUAUUAAUAAAAUAUUAAUAUUAAACUAACGGUUAUAUUAAUGUAAUUAAUUAGCAUACGCUAGAUAUUUGUAACGGUUUCAAUUGUUGUAAAACACAAUAGUUAAAAUAAAAGGAUUAUAAUUGGUUUGGCGAUUUUAAUAAUUUUUCUUCGUAUUCGAUAUAAAUAAUAUAAUGUCUCCUUUAAACACAAUUUUAGUUAUUGUUUUAAGUUUGUUGGUCUUGGUUACAGCACGACCACAAUUAAAUCGUUUCCAACAUAUUGCUGUGAUAGAAAAUGAUGCCUGGGAACAGACAUUGCCAAGUGAACUACGUAAUCCUUUUUAUAAAACGCCUAGAGUAAGAAAUGCAUUGGCCAAGUCGUCUUGGUUUGGACCAGGCGAAAUGCCGGUUUUGGAUAGACAAGCUGAAAAAAUUGCCAGACGGGAAAUCUAUAAUGUUUUAAGUCAUGCUGGUCUCAUAGAAAGAAGAAACUUUUUGUAAAUUUUAACACAAAAUAAUAACAAUUACAAAAUAAAAUUAUUUUUUAUA